AACUUCGGAUACAUUCGGGGACUGACUGGGAGUAUGUGGAUCUCGGGCUUACCGCCCCGCUGACCGACAUAGCAGUGAGAGAGAGAGAGAAAGAAAGAAAGAGGGGGAGAGAGAAAGAGAGAGAACAGCUCGCGCGCGGCGUCUGUUGUUUGUUGUUAACAGCCAACAAGGCCGGCGGAGAGCGGACUUCGUGCGCAAGAUGUCGGCAGUUUCAUCCGUGACUCUGGUUUGCGCUACGCUGCUGUUGGCGAGCCACAUACGAGCAGGCGAGGGUCUGCGGUGCUACACGUCGUCGUGCCUGAAGGACCAGGGCCAUCAGGAGUCCCUGCGGUGCCCCGAGCGCGACCCGGGCAUCUCCCUCGAGGAGUGCACGCCGGACUCCUUCUCCCGGCGCUGGAGCGACGUGCAGAGACAGGCGCUCCACAACACCACGCACAUGAAGUGCGUCACGCUCACAGGCACGGGCAAGCUGCCCGGCGUGCCGGCGGGAGUGGACGUGGUGCGCAUGUGCGCGCCGCACGCGCAGGACAUGUGCGACACGCUCAGCGUGCUCGUGUCCACGCGCAUCGCGCGCUCCGAGGUGACGGACCUCACGCUGCGGCUGGACUGCAGCGAGUGCGACGAGGACGGCUGCAACUCUGGACCGGGCGGCGCGGGGGCUCCGCUCGCGGUGGCGGCCGCCGCCGCGUUCGCCGCGCUGCGCUGGUGGGGCCUCUGAGCCUCUGAACCUCUCUCGACUGUUCUGUAGCUUCCAUGCUCGUCCAGGAUGAUUGCCGGUGUUUACAACUGUUAUUGGCCCUUAGCCGCUAGGCACUAAUACCUUCCCGAUCAAACAAGAGGGAGUGAUCCCUAAUGCUCGUCGCCCACCACGGCGCACCACGCAGCGCCGCGCAGCCCUGUCCGCCGCGGAAUUGUUCCGGCGCCGGAACUCUCGGGUAGAAUUCGGAGCGGAAUAUUUCUGCGCGGCGCGGCGGCUUGCCACAGUGUGCGGUGGCAGACGGAGGAAAAAUUUGGGCUGACACCACCUUCGGGUCGUCUCUCGGGGCGUGCGCAUCUCUCUCGCGGGCUGUUGGCUGGGAGUUCCCUGCGCCCUAUUGGGUAACCAAAGGCUGGCAGUGCGUGUUGGUUUUGUGUGCGUGCUGGGGGCGGCCUAGCAGUGCCAACUGCUACCGACCGCGUCCCGCGGGUGGCGGAUACGGGAGCCCAGCCCGAGAGUUGCAAUCUCGCUGGGGUGGCUGUGAAUAACCAAUAGCAGUCCGCGGACCAAUGGCCGGCCUGUGGAGUCGUUAUUACGGCUAUCGGUGUGAAAGGUAGCCUGAAUGCAGCUCGGCGCGUGGCAGGAAGCAGCUUCGUCGGCGAAGGCACCGCAGGGGAGCUCGAGGUGCUGAAAAAAUGCGAAGUGUAGACGAACUGCGGGCUGGAACUUGCGGAGCUGUGGACUGCCGCGCGCGCAACGGAACUGAACAGCAUCGGAAUUCUGAAGGAAGAGAUGGCGGCCUUCAAGUUGGGGCCCUGUUGGAGCCAGUGGUAGCCUGGGCGGCGCGACCUUCAACCGACCCGGGAAUUUGGGGGGCAAGAGGGUCCGACUCGCAAGAUACUUCAUUCGCCUGAACGACUUACCCCCACCCUGGCUUGAAAGGUCGUUGGCUGUUGACUGGAAGAAGGAAGAUGAAGAUGGUGCAAUGUCAGGCUGCCUUUCGCUCCGAGAGCCAGCAGUUCGAGCCGGUUUACUGGCUCGUCUGCCCACUUCUGUUUUAACUGUGGCUGCCUGGGCAGCUGUGGCUGGGCUGACGAGUGAAGUCGCCCGCCCCUGGGGGCGCUUGCGCCCCUGGUUAAUAAUAACCCAGGAGUUCCCAACCUUUAAAUGCGGGCCGCAAGGCCCAAGCACCCAACUCCAGCAUGGUUGAUUUUUCAGCCCCUCCAACUCUUCUUACCUGGACCCUUCUUCCUCUUGUCCAGUAGUUACCUGCUUGCUUAAUGCAUGUUAAUUGAUCCCCGCAUGAACCGGCCCAGGGUUUUCCCUGUGUCUAUGCAGGUUUUACCUGGGUCACAUUAGCUAGCUUUUAAGCUAGGCGACCAAUGGGGCGUCAGUCAUGGCGCCAAUUGCAGCCAUGGCUGGCCAGUAAACCCCAAUAGCACACGAUGCACGCGCCCUUGUCCUGCAUGGUUAAAAACCCGCAUGGUAGAGUGUAUAGGCUUCGGCCUGAGACACACUUAGGUCCUCCCCUAACCUGGACCCUCCCCUACACACUUAGAAUUAACUUAGGCUAGGAAAAAAAAAAAAAAAAUUUUGUUUAUGAGAUCUGCGCACAUGACCGUAUACUUAUCUAGAGUAAAAAGAUUAGUUCAGGUAAAGUUUGAGAAUUUAUUACUUUAUUUAAUAUAUUUGAUGUGUCUUUAUUAAUGGGAUUACCCUUUGUUUGUUUAAAACAAAACCAGUCACGCGAUACACCUGCACACUAGGUCAACUUUGAAGGAACUGAGCGUUCGGAAUCAUAAAACGGCGUCUGUAGCGUGCGACCCCCCCCCCCCCCCCCCCCCCCCACGAGCGGAACCUUCGGAAACUUCCGCAGGGCUGCAUGGCGCGGCGCGCUGUAGUGGGCGAUGAGCUUAACAGUCCUGUUUAAAUUAUGCUCUGGAAUGUAUAAAUGAACUGGAGAUUUCUCCCACCCAACCCUGAUAAAGGGCGCAUAUGUGGGAGGGGAACGAAAGAAUGCAGGACGUAGGUCGGAACAACCUGUUAUUCGGAGGAAGUGGUCGGCAACGCACCCGGGGCUCUGGGUUCGAAUCCCAAAUUUUUCUGAUUUCUUGGCGCUUACCCGUUCACCAACAAAAAAAAAUUUAAAGAUGAGAAGGUUGGCUCUCUGGUGACUGUCGGUCUUGCUAGUGUGCCACUUAUCUUAUAUAUAUAUAUAUAUAAAUAAAUAUAUAUAUAUAUAUACGAUAAUACAGGUUUCGAUUUCCGGCGAUGCCAAGCCCGGGUGAACGUGGCGGACGUUGCCGUGGUCUGUGGGUUUUCUCGGAGUACUCCCAUUUCACCCCCACAAAUUCAUUCCCUCGCUGUUCCACACCCUGCCUCACCUCACGCGUUCUUCUGGCUGGCCGGAGGGACAGGUCUGCCCCUCGGGUAGGGCAGCUGUGUGUGUCAGCCCCUUUCUUUUCACGUAGAUGCUGCAUUAGGCGAGAAAUUACAUGUCGAUUUCCAUUAUCAUUUUAAAGGAAGUAAUUAAUUGAUAUACACAUGUAGCAUCUUAUAAUCUUCUGAAAAUUUCACUUUUUUUAGCUUAGCUUAGUGCACUUCGACAUGGGUGUCGUUUUACCUAAUGUGUUCAAGGGCGUAUGCAAGGGGGGGGGGGGGGAUGGGAGGAUAUAUUUCCCCUCCCCCAAAAUCCUAAAAAAAAAAAAAACCUCACUCUCACCAACAAACGGAAAGAAUCUGAAAGCUAACAUUGGAGACAAUGUGGUUCUAUAACCCCUCCCCCUCCCCUACUUUCCAAAAUGAAAUUAUGAAAUGCCCUUACGAUAUUCGAUCAUUCAAUAUCCUGCCACGUUUUCUGAAACGUGUCCUCAGUGUUGCAUUAAAGUUGCUGCAGCGACCUUCUUGUUAAGGUGCUGGAUGAUUGUUAUGUUCUAAGCGCACGCGAUGAUUUUAACACAUCCACGCACAAGAGAAUAAAGUUUUCGUUUGACCUUGUGCAACCGUGAGGCUUAAAACAUUGCACGUGUGGAGUGGGAGUGGUUACUGCGAGACCACCUGUUCACUCCACGUGGCGGGAUGUGAACCAUUCCACAGAAGGCUCAGUUUGUGUUGUGAACAAACAAUUUCUGGUCGGCUACGUCUAAAAAUUUUAACCUCCCUGAACAUUUUACGACACCACACGUGUAAAUUAAUGAACCACGUCUUCAACAAUAACAGUGUAGAAUCCCGGUAAUCAUCCACGAUAAUCCUACAUUCAAGAUAUUGUUUUGAAUUUUUUCUGAAAUUUUUUUUCCACAUGUAAAAUUGAGUAUUUAUUAAUAGUAUCAUUGGAACGUUCUUUAAAUUCUUCAUACAAAGGAGAAUUUUGAUUUAAUACAAUUUUUUCGAACAGCAAUGGCGUAUGUCCAAAAAAAAAUGUAUUCAAUCAUUAUUAUUGGACUUAGUAGUUAGAGUGAUUUUAUUUAUACAUCAUCAACCAACUUUGCACAUUAUUUUCCUAUUUUCAGUUAACUAUAAAAUAACUACAUUCAAAUGAAAACUUGAAAGUUUAGGCCAUAGUAAAUUUUCUAAACAGAACCAUGUAAAAUACGGGUGUGGUAAAAGAAUUUAAAUUUUUCUUUCAAUAUACAGAAAACAACUAGCACUAUGUUACAUGCCCGAUCAUGGUUUUAUUUUGUAUGUUUCGCGCUGAAACCAUCUCAACCUAGAACCCUAUAAAACACUCUUAAUUAUAUUAAUAAAGUCUAUUUUCACUAGGGAAUAUUGUCUUCGCGUAGCUUGGUGGAAAAACAUUAAAAUUUAUACAAGUUCAUCUCUUCCAUUACAAACAGCAUGCUACGUAGAGUAGUCUAGGGAUUCUUGCAAGUGGGUCAGUACUAUUAUAGUUUUAUUUUAUUUGGUAUAAGUACCAACGUGAUAUUGAAUUUUACUGCUGGUUAUUUAUUGUCUUUUCAAAUGAACUAUAGCAUAUUUUAAGAUGAAGCAGUGCUGUCGCAAGGGAUUGAUGAGUCUACUGCAGAUCACAACUGUCUGUCCUUAAGAUGGAAAAGUCGUAGGGUGGAUAACAUUUUGUGAAUUACAGUCAAACUUAUUUUUAACAUUUUAACCCUUUUCAAGGGACCAAGGAAAUUGUUAUGUUAUCAAUUGCAGGAAAAGUGUUAAACAAAUGGGAAAAAUUUAAUUGGAUAACGGUAUUUAUUUGAUGAGACCACACAGAACUAAAGUGAAAAACAAGAUAUUUUUAAAUUAAAAUGAGUAAACAAAGAAUUUUACUGUAUUAGCAACUAUAAUAGCUACGUACACUAGAAGCACAUUUCCAAAAUGGUUUUAAAAUCUUUAGCAUAGCAUGUUAUUCAGUGUGCUUCAAGUAAGUUUACCAUGAUGGAAUGUCUAAGUUAUAACAUAAGUAUCCUCAAGAGUCAUUCAACAGCAAAAUAUUAUAGCAAUCAAAAUUAAACUGUUAUCUUACAACUUUCUAUUUGUCUCAUUCUCAAACGCUGCCAUCACCUUCAGAACAUCAGGUUAUAAAGACAUUCUCAACACAGCAUGAAGCUCAGCAUGAAACAAAUCCAUGCAUCCUUGCGAAGCACGAGAGACUUGCGUUAUUACUGUCAAGUGCCGGCUAACUUACGUUAAAACUAAAGUUGGACGCACAUGAAAAUUUUUAAAAGCCUAGCGUUAAUGCUAGACACAGUGUUCAACUGGUUUGUGUGCAGAUGACUGUUGAGUUUUAUAAUAGGAGAUUCUAUCUUUGUCAUUGUUGUUGUUGUUGUUAUUGUUGGCAGUGCUUACGUCAACUUGUAAGUAAAUAAAUAAUUAUGUUUAAAAAAAAUUUUUUUUGUGUUAUACCUGCUGCUUUAACUUACCAUACUUACAAAGUGUUAUUUCACAUUACACUAGUAAAAUAUUUUUCACUUUUAAAAAAAUGUACUUGAUCUAUUUAUGUCGUUUGUUGCCAGAUGUAA